UUGUGUAUCUGUAAUAUUUUUAUUAAGACGAAAACAUAUGUUUAUGUUCUUUAUAUAAUGGACGUUCCUUAUUCUAGCAUUAAAUUCAGUGUUUGUCUGGCUGGCUGGGUUGCUAUGGCAUACGCAUUCAUAAGAAAAUACUUCUGCACGAUAUUCUUCAUUGUUAUUCAUCAAAGUAUUCCGUGAAGACUUGAGAUCUUACUGUUCCAAUUUAAUACUGUUAUUCGCACACAAUUCCAUCUGUAAUCAUGAAAUUCGUUUUCUCCUUUCUCUGCAUUAUAAUUCAACAAACCGGCUCUAAUCGGUAUCAGUUUCACUGAUGUUUGGAGAAUGAUUUCCAUCGAUUUCGCUGCUGAAGACGUUUUCUGUAAUGGUUUUAUUUUCGUACCAAACGGCUAAGUCUUCAACGGAACUUAAUGACUAGUUUAUGGUGCGAGAAAAUCCAUCAUGUAUAAGAUAAAACUGCACAAAUAUUUACAUAUUCUCUUAUAUUUUUGAUCAGCUGUUUAUCAUCACACUAUAGACAUCAAACUAUCGACACAAAUUCCCGUACACGCUGUCACUUGAUUAACAUUCAUAAGACAGACGAACAAAUAGACAGCAGAUCAAAAUAAACGUUGAAGGAUCUUCAUUAAAUUAAAUUAAAUUUGAAAGUAAUUUACAUGUGUGACUUUAAUUAAAAAACAACCCAUAUUACUGAUUAUCCAAUUAGGUUAAAGCCGUCUUAAUGAACUUUUCCGUCUAUUAACUGCCACUUGCUCUCACACAUACCUCUGUCGCUGUUGCACCAUCAGUAGGUUACACAGAAAUACAAUGGAUUCACGGUGAUAUAUGCAACACAAUCUACUUGACAGUUCGGUCGAUCGGAAACAACAGGGCAUCGUUCCAUUAAUACUCGAGUGGUGGAUUGAAGCAGGCAGCGAGCUACUGCUGUGGCUGAUGCCAGUAGUACUCAGUACCCCAGAAAAUGUACACCCAGGGCACGACCAGUGUCUGUACUAUCCUAAUAUGUCUGACCGCUGUACCAGAGGUUUAUUGCGAAAUGGCGAGAGACCUGUUGUACGUAAUCUUAAUUAUAUCUACAUCGCUCGCGACCCAGACAGCUCCGUACAGCGUAAACUCACGGGACCUUUGGGGCGAGUUCCUACUUUAACUGUGAUACUCCCUAAUUCUUUAAGAGAUGUCUUGCAGACUCUUCUAAACAACAACUCCUACGACAACCGAAUAGCUCCUAAUUAUGAAGAAGACAGAGCCACCAACGUAACCAUUAACUUAUCAAUUAUAAGUAUCGACUCCAUCAAUGAAAUCUCAAUGGACUUUUCCCUGAAUCUUUUUCUUUACCAACAAUGGGUGGAUCCGCGUCUGAAUUACACGAAAUACAGCGACUUUCCAAACUUGGAGCUGGACCAGAAGAUGAUAGAGAACGUCUGGGUCCCAGACACUUACUUCCCCAACGAGAAGCAGGCGACCUUCCACACAGUCACUGUAAACAACAAACUGCUCCACAUUUACCAGAACGGGACCGUCUUUUACAGUAUAAGGCUGUCGAUGACUCUGACAUGUACGAUGAAACUUCACAACUUUCCGCUGGAUGACCAGGAGUGCACCAUUUUCUUGGAGAGCUAUGCGUACAGCAUAGAGAAUGUGGUCUUUCAUUGGCACAAGAGAGAUCCGGUGAUUUUGAUGAACGCUGACAAAAACGACGAACAGGAGACCCCUCAGUUCUACUUCUAUAAACAAAUACAUACGGGUUCCUGUGAAAAGACCACCUCGUUUGGACCAAACAACGAAUUUGCAUGUCUUCAAGCCAAACUCUUCUUCCGACGAAAUUUAGGGUACUAUUUGGCCCAGAUUUUUGUACCAAGCAUACUCAUAGUCAUACUCUCUUGGAUAUCCUUUUGGAUUCAUGUGGAUGCAGUUCCCGCGAGAAUCUCGUUAGGAGUUUUGUGUGUACUCACCAUGACAACACAGAGUUCCGGUAUUAGAAAUUCCCUACCACGUGUUUCAUACAUCAAAGCUAUAGAUGUGUGGAUGUCAAUGGGAUUAGUGUUUGUGUUUGCUGCCUUACUAGAAUAUGCUUACAUCAACGUGCAGACACGAAGACACGUCAAAUAUACCUCUAUGAAGAAUCAACCAUCAAUGCGAGAAAAGGGUCCUAUGUUACCCUCUAAUGGGGUACCUGACAGGAGAGAAAUCGACUUCCUACAGAGAGCUCGGCAGGUGGACAAGGUGGCUCGUGUCGGGUUCCCGGUCAGUUUUCUGUUAUUCAACGUUGUUUUCUGGACAUAUUACUUGGUACAGCGAUAUGUAGUAGGCAAGGAUUAAUUUUUAUUUGUUUAAACAAACUUGUUGUCAACUCACAGAUCUUUCAAAACAGUUUCCAAAUACCAGAGUAUGUAUUUAAACUCUCUUUUUCCAUUUUCUGAAUUCUUAAUAUACAUUUAUUGUAUGUACCUGGAUAUAUUGUAUUUUGAAUUUUUUUACAUCUUGUAUAGUACUAGCAUCUAGUUCAUUUACACAUGUCGCUAUGUCCAUUUAUAGACAAUAAUAUAAAGCGAAAUAGAAAAAAUAUAUAAUAUUUUGGAUAGUGUAAGCUUGCCGAUCAAACAAAGAUGUAAAAUUUAGGUCAAGGAUGAUGUACUGGAUUCCCAUGAUUACUUUGUGUUGAUUCUGUGUAAAGCCAGCAUUCUAGAACGUAUUGCAUUCUUACACUAAUCUACUUCACCCCCCCCCCCCCCGUCUCACUCUUGAUAUUGACAAAAGUCACUUCUUUGCUUCAUUCUUACAUUAUAGUUAUAGAUUUUAUCCGUCACAGCUCACCGUUUAUUGUUCUCUUGAUCGCUUGUUGGAAAACGCAUGCUAGUAUUAAUAAUGCAAACGGUUUUCCUCCUGAUUGUUUCUAUUCAUUGUUUUGCAAACAAAUUAUGCAUAGGUAUUGUUAAGUUUAAUUUACUGUAAGGUUAACCUUUCCGAAAUAUAUGAGAAUGCUGCAUCAAUAAUACAAAAUCCAGGAUCAAAAAGGUCCGGAUCCAUUGUAAUGUUGAAGUGUGGAAGUGUUUGAUUUUUCAAGUAUGACAAACAGUUGAUUUAAUAUAAUGUUGGUGGCAUUUCAGAAGGAAGUUCUAAAUGGUCAGGUUGGUACAAUUGUUGAAUGUCUGUAUUUCUUCCAUAUUGAAUGCGUUAUGGUAUACUCAAAUCAUUCCUUUGUCGUUAUAACAAGAGAAGUAAUCCAACUUCAUAAAUGAAAACGUGCACCUCAUAUCAUCAUUUGUACAACCAUGCGUUGGGUAUUUUAUUGCAUACUUAGUAAUAAAUACAAGUUUUAGGCAUAUGUAAGACAGAUAACAACACGCAACUCGGAUCUCUAUCACACCCCUUGCAGAAGUCGUCUGACUUCUUUUUUCGUGUUGGCAUUUGUGCAUGUUUACAGACAAAAAAUAAACAUCUGUUACAGUUGACAUUUUUAAGUUCAGUUGAAAACUCUAAAUGCUAUCAAAUGUUUUGGAGCAGUUAACUUUUAAAAUCAAUUUGUUCAAGUUGAUGGGGUUUUUUUUAAUUUAUUUACUAAGUAUGUAAGUAAGUAUGAUAAUAGAUGCCCUUUCCUUUUUCCAUAUCACAGCCUGUAUCAGCCCUCGACCAAUAUCAUCCUUUGGCCCUCGGGCUGAUAUUGGAGUCUAGGGCUGAUACAUGUGAUAUAGAAAAGGGUAUUAAAAUUCACUGAUUUGCUUCAAAAGUACUUAUCUUUAUGUGUAUGUUAUAAAAAUCAUUAUCAUCUUCUUUACCGCCAUAAUGAUCUUUUCACAUAACAUGUAUAUAUAUAUAUGUUUAUGUAUUUAGAUUUUUCAGAUUUAUACGAUUUUCUAAUUGUACAACAUUUAUUGAAUGCAUUGAAAAUAAAAUAACUUUAAUUAUA